AUGGCGGUCGGAUGCCUUGUAGCGUCGAGCACCGUCUUGUUCAUCCGCAACGGCGAACGUGCCUGUCCUACCGUUCCAAUCGAGAAGGUACCCCGGGCUAGCGCCAUCCGCACCUUCAUAGAGACGGCUGGCGAACCCAUUGUCCCUACUUCGAGCUCGAUCAGCAAGCCUAGACUGCUUUCCGAGUGGUCAGCCAGCCUCAAGUCUGAUCGGUGGGUGCCUUGCCUGGUAGCGGUUCAGGCCGAGGUACCCUUGCAGGCGCUGGCCAGGUACAGCCAGAGCACAGACGGUGCUCAAGGCGACACGUCCCCCUCUUUGCUCCUCCAAAAUCUUUGCAAAGCCUAUCUAGCCGGUGUCAAAAAGCGCCGAGAGACCAAGCUGCUCAAGGACGAUAUUCAACCUCCGUCUCUUACGCCUGGAAGCCCCUUUUUCGGCCAGAGAUUCAAUGUUCUUGGUACCUGGAUCUCCCCGCCUGGCGAAGCACUUGAUCCCUCCGCACUUCCUCUGACCGUGCCCUGCCCUCCGAGCGAGUUUCCGAGUAACAAAGAACUCCUUUCCCAAAGCAAAGUCGAUGCAGCCGGUGCCGUUUUCUACUGGAACUUUCCGUUGGACGUGGCUGCAAAGGUCGACAAAGCAGCUGCCUUUGGAUACCCGUUCAGAUUUAUGCUCGGAGGCUUCCACGAACUCAUCGUGGAAAAGGUGUCCGAUGACAAGGUCCAGAUCAGCUACGUGCUUGCAGAAGUCUACCAUCUCCAUCCGCUGGACCAGCAAGAACGCGAUUUCAAAAUGAUUCCUCAGUGGACCAGAGUAGUCCAUCGUGAGUAUGCACGCAGCUUGCUUCGUGGUGCCUUGGCAGAGAUCAACCAAGCCGACUAG